UCCUCCUCCUCCUCCUCCUCCUCAGCCGCCGCCGCCCCUUUCUCUUCGCCCCCAUAUCCGUUUUCCGGCCAAUUUAUCUACUCGCUGUUUCCACAGACGGAAAUAGAAAUCAAAUCCAAGAUGGCAGAAUGUGCAGAGCAGAAACUAUUUGACAAGCUGGAUAGGAUCUUGGCAAUGACUGAGAAGGUCCCUACAAAAAGAUCUAUUGUGGACUACGCCACCCUCACGGAAGAAGAAAAACAGGACAGGGGUCUCGGGUGGCUAACAUCCAUGUGGCAGGGACGGGUGAAUGCGGUACUGGGCGAUCAGAUGGGAGACGGGGAAAUAAUCACAACACUAAAGUUUAUUGCUCGGCUCAAAGAGGAUGGUCAUCAUGGCCCGUACAUGAUAGUUACUUCUCUGUCCUGCAUCGGGGAAUGGUCAGAGUGCAUAAAGCGUUUUCCAUCUAUCAAUCAACAAAUGUAUUUUGGAAACUUUAAGGAUCGGGCGGUGUUGAAGAAAGAGUUUGUGCACAAGACUGUUUGCCCUGCUUUCCCAAUCAUAUUGACUUUACAUGGUAUGGUCCAUUUAGAAAAGAAUUGGCUUGCUCAGUAUGGCUGGAAAUAUGUUGUUGUUGACGAGGGCCAUCUGCUGGAUAAAAGGGGACGUGAAUUAGUCGACGAGGUAAAGCGCCAGCCAAUGGGCCGUAAGCUCCUUUUGAUGAGGGAACCUUUUCAAAACAAUCUGGCAGAGCUGUGGUCACUACUGAACUUUGCUCUGCCUAGUGAAUUCUCGUCUCAUGACGAGUUUGAUUCAUGGUUUGACAGAUCUGGGAAAGAAGGUGAGGACCAACAAACAGAAGAGGAAAGAAUGACCCUUCUUUCAAAGCUUCAUGCCAUCCUGUGUCCAUUCCUUCUAAGGGCCAUGAAGUCAGAUGUCGAAAACAGGGUUCCACAAAUGAAAGGAGCCACAUGCUACAAGACUAAAGUUGUCCAAAAUUCUGAUGUGAUUAGCAUCACAUGCCCUAGCGACCAUGCAGCAAUAAAAGGCGCAAGGGCUGGUGCUCAAGAGGUAGCAGCAGAGGUUGUUGCUGAAAGUGGUGGUGAAAGUAGCCCUAACACGCGGUCCUGUCAAUUGGGCUUGGAAGUGCAAGGCAGCAGGGCUAUUAAGAGGCCACGGACAAAUGAUGCACUUGUCUCCCUGGUUGGCAAAAGCAAUCCAGUCAGGCGUGUGCAAGUGCGAGAGCCAACUCCCUCCGAAUCAAUCAUCAAGUCACUCAAAGAGAUACCUGACUUAGCCCGCAGUGAUAUUCUAAGAGCCUACAGUACUCUUAUCCGUGAUGAUCGCCAAUUUGAAUCUCUCAUGGCGCUCCCAAUGAACAUGAGAAAGGAUUGGCUGCUCAUGGAGAUUGGAAACAGGUAGUGGUAGCUGCUGAUGGAGAUUGGAAACAAGUAUUGGUCGGCUGGUCGCUCCAUUGCUCCAUCAGUAUGAAUGUUUAGAUGUUGUCCGCUGGACUUUUGGUAAACUUGAACUCGUGCUCCUGAUGCUCCUCUCCGGAGUAAUUAGUCUUCCUAAUAUAGGAACCAUGCAUGUGAUGGUCUGCACAUGUGAGGUGCCAUUUAUGUAUAUAUGGAAUUAAUCUCAUGCUAUCCUUAUAACUAGAUAUGUAGUCUGCUUAUUCCUCAACUGCAGUGUCAUUUACCUGUGACUCCUGAGAAUAUUUGAUAUGAGUGGUAAAAUUAUCAUGAAAAAUUGCUUCGAUUUGCUUA